UGACCUCGUUCAAGAUGGCAGCGAAAACAUUAAAUAAACAUUUUUGGCCGUUAUUUAGUAACUUAGUAGUAGUUAAACAGCUUUAGGACAACAGAGAAUGUAGAACAAAUUUUCAACUCACUAUCGGCAUACUUCAUUACUGAUAUAUAGUUUUGGAACAUACUCUCAUAUCAAAACAAUUUGAAUUAAAGUUGAGUGGAUUUGUGGAUUUAAAAAGUACAGUAGUGUUUUUGGAAUUAUAACAGCUUAAGUCUGAAUUGACAAUAUUUGAUAUGCUGUAUUCUGUAAUUGAAUUUACUGCCUCUUUAAUUAACUUGGUCAUAAAUGCAUGUAAAUAUGCCUUUAAUCUCAACUAUGAACUGGUUGCAGCUGCAGUUGAAUCAAUCAUCAAGGUGGUUUCAGCCAUUGCUUUAAUUUAUAAUAAACUGAAAGUACUUUUCAGCAACAUUUUAAAUCACAUAUUUGAAAUAUUCUUGUUUUUCUCAUCUAUAAUCAAUAGCUUUUGGAACAUCACACUUCAGAUUCUGCAGCUCACUCAAGUGUGCUAUUCUAGUCUCCACACAUUUUGCCUUUCUUGUGGUAAUGGCUUUGUCCAUGCAUUUAACUACACUGUGAACACUGCUCUACCCAAUGUUAACUCCAGCAUUAUGGCAAUAUCUACUACUGUGACAACUAUAUUUAAUUUGAUAUCUUUACUUGGAAGUGUUUGUGUUAAUUUUGUGACUGGUGUAUGGCAUGGACUAGGAUUUGUCCUCUCAUCUGUGGCUUAUUUUCCUUUGUACUGUAUGCAACGUAUUGAAGAUUUAGCUGAGGAUUCAUGGAGAAAUAUAACCCAGACUUUAUCCAUACUGUUAACAUCAGUUACAAAGGAGACAUACCUUGGAAUAGGUGUUGUAUGCAUCCUUUAUCUUUUCAUAUCAAACAUUCUUCGCUAUAUGUACUGCAAAGGCUUAUCAUUAUUUCCGUGUAGAACAAGAGGUAGUCAUGCUACAGGUCAAGGGACCAAUAAUUUUGACUUUGAUCGAGGUUUUGAAAGUGAUUUUGAAGAUGUAUAUGGAUCUGAUACAGACACCUGGGAUAAUAAUAGAACUGAAAAUGACAGUGGCAAUAGCAAUGAUGAAGGUAAUGAUAAUGACUCUAGCAGCGGAGAUGAAAGUGCAAAUGAAACCAAUAGCUCUGUCUUCUCAGACAAUGAUUCAGAUGAAUAUACUGUCGUAACAGAAGAAUCAGACAGCGAUACUUCAAUAAACUCACAGACAUUUUCCACUGAAUCCAGUGAUCAUGAGAUAGAAGUCCAACUACCACCUGUUGAUGAACGUUACAGUCUCAGGGACCGGUCAUUUACUCCUUCCAGAACACCGAAGGUGCUAAAUAACCAAGAAGAGUUUAUAAGGGAGAUGGAAAAGGAGAGGGAUAAAAGAAAAUGUGUUGUGUGCCAAGAUGAAAUCAAAUCAGUUCUCGUUUUACCUUGCAGACAUAUGUGUAUGUGUGUAGUAUGUGCUAACCAGAUAGUUCGAUCACAGCUAGUGGGCAGAAGAGUUUGUCCACUUUGUCGCUCAAAAAUCACAAAAGUUAUGAAUAUUUAUGUGUGAUUAGGACUGCCAGUAAAUCAAAUGCCGGGUACAAAAUUCUCAAAUGGUGCAUUAGAAUAUUUAUUAUUAUACUAAUUUAAAUUUAUAUCAUCUUUAAAAGAAUUUUCAGUUGUUUAUGUUUAUGGUAAAAAGUAUUUUUUUUUAUUAAAUCACUUUUCAAAUGUCUCUUGUAUGUUACCAUACAGUGGGGGAAAUGUUUGCAUGCAUAACAGGUCACUUUAAGUUAAACCUUAAGUAAAGGUUUUCUAGUGCAAAUCUAAACUUUUAAAAUUGAUUUAUGUCAAUAAAUAAUUGGUAUUGAUUCCCACCCAGAUCAUUAAUAAAUUACUGAUGUAAAGUUAAAUUAACAAUUAUAUUUUGCUAACUUACUUUACUUCAUAAAUUACAUAGGUACAGAAAUAUGUUAUAUUUCAACUAUAUGCCUAAAGUAUCCUUCAUACUUUGUUAUAGUUAGAUGAACAAUAACUUUUGAUAAUAAUGUGAUUAGGCUGAUGCAAAAGCUUAAUUUGUAUCUGUACUGAAUAUCUAAAAGCUUCAAAUCUAACAGUACAAAGUCCUUUUCAGUA